CAACAAAGGUACCCUCUCGUCUGGUGGUGGGGGCAGCAGAUUCAUAUUUCGUUUGGCAUUCUACACUUGUCAAGCUCGCCGUGGGACGCCGUCCGUCGUCGUCAGCCCUACGUGGUUGUUCUCCGUCUGAAGAAGGUACGAACCCUAGGGCUUUGUCUUGUCCCAAAAUCCGAAAAUGUUUAAGAAUACAUUCCAGUCUGGAUUUCUUUCCAUCUUAUAUAGCCUUGGGAGUAAACCUCUACAGAUAUGGGAUAAGGAAGUUGUCAAUGGCCAUAUAAAACGACCACAGGAUGAAGACAUACAGUCCAAUGUACUUGAAAUAGUUGGAUCCAAUAUCCAAUCCACAUACAUCACAUGUCCUGCAGAUCCAGCUGCAACACUUGGUAUAAAACUUCCGUUCUUGGUUAUGAUUGUGAAGAAUCUAAAGAAGUACUUUACAUUUGAGAUUCAAAUUCUGGAUGAUAAGAAUGUGAGACGAAGAUUUCGGGCUUCAAAUUUCCAAGCUGUGACUCGAGUGAAGCCGUACAUUUGCACCAUGCCACUGAAAAUGGAUGACGGCUGGAAUCAAAUCCAGUUGAACCUGGUUGAUUUGACCAAGAGAGCUUAUGGCACCAACUACAUGGAGACUCUGCGAGUUCAGGUCCAUGCAAACUGCCGCCUGAGAAGGAUAUAUUUCUCCGAUCGCCUCUACUCUGAAGAGGAGCUCCCGCCAGAAUUCAAGUUGUACCUUCCAAUGCAGAAAGCAGCAUGAAAAUGUCAUCAUGGGAGGAGGGAUUUACAGC